CGACUGAGGUGGCUUGGGACACAAUCGCUGAACCCAGGAAAGACCCAGCGACUUCGGGUAGGACCCAGCGACCUCAGGAAGGACCCAGCGACCUCAGGAAGGACUCAGCGACCUCAGGAAGGACCCAGCGACCUCAGGAAGGACCCAAUGACCUCAGGAAGGACCCAGCCACCUCAGGAAGGACCCAGCCACCUCAGGAAGGACCCAGCCACCUUAGGAAGGACCCAGCGACCUCAGGAAGGACCCAGCGACCUCAGGAAGGACCCAGCGACCUCAGGAAGGAUCCAGCCACCUCAGGAAGGACCCAGCCACCUCAGGAAGGACCCAGCGACCUCAGGAAGGACCCAGCCACCUCAGGAAGGACCCAGCGACCUCAGGAAGGACCCAGCGACCUCAGGAAGGACCCAGCGACCUCAGGAAGGACCCAGCGACCUCAGGAAGGACCCAGCUACCUCAGGAAGGACCCAGCCACCUCAGGAAGGACCCAGCGACCUCAGGAAAGAUCCAGCCACCUCAGGAAGGACCCAGCCACCUCAGGAAGGACCCAGCGACCUCAGGAAGGACCCAGCGACCUCAGGUAGGACCCAGCCACCUCAGGAAGGACCCAGCCACCUCAGGAAGGACCCACCCACCUCAGGAAGGACCCAGCGACCUCAGGAAGGACCCAGCGACCUCAGGAAGGACCCAGCGACCUCAGGAAGGACCCAGCGACCUCAGGAAGGACCCAGCGACCUCAGGAAGGACCCAGCCACCUCAGGAAGGACCCAGCGACCUCAGGAAGGACCCAGCGACCUCAGGAAGGACCCAGCCACCUCAGGAAGGACCCAGCCACCUCAGGAAGGACCCAGCCACCUCAGGAAGGACCCAGCCACCUCAGGAAGGACCCAGCCACCUCAGGAAGGACCCAGUGACCUCUAUAAGAGCCCACCAGGGCCAUGGUCCUAUUACGCGUGGCAUCCAGCAUUUGUCUUGGCCGCGUGGUGCUGCGGCCUGGUUCUGGUCUCCCCAGAGCUUCCUAUAGCUGUGGGGGCAGACUCCUAUAGCUGUGGGGGGUAG